AUGACCAGAGUGGUUCCCGAAAAAGAAAAUCAUGCUGCAUACCUCACUAGUGAACACAAAAACACUUCCCCGAACAACACACCCUUACAACAACCAAAGUCUGAAGAACCGUCGAAAGAAGAGAACGUCGAUGAACAAACGAAUAUCAUCACUCUCUCAGAACGAUUAGAAAGGCUUCCCAUCGCCUUGAAGUUACUUCUUAUUGUGAUAUUUACCUUCUUAUCCCUUGUCAUCUUUGCUUGUAUUUUAGUGUACAAUUCAGCCUCAGAUUUGCAAGCAUCCAUCCUCAUUUCGAAUAUUUCCAUCAUGACCAACCUCCUAAAUUCAGUAAUACAUUGUAGCCAGAGUGAGAGAGGAUCGUCUCAAUUAUAUUUAGGAGCAAACGGAACUCAACAUUAUGACAUCAUGAUGGAAAAACGAUCCGACACAAAUUCAGCAUUAAAGGAAUUCUUGUCCAAAAGAGAUCAAAUUUUAAGGUCCAUGCAAGCAAAUUCUUUGGCCUUCUCUCAAAUCAUGGAGGCUUUGGAGGUGGUAGACGAGUAUAUUGAAGAUCUUCCUGUUUGGAGAGAGCGAAUUAGUUCGCUACAACUCGUUCAAACGCCACUGUUAGCUUUCAAUUUUUUCACAGAUUGGAAUUCUUACAUGAUUGACAGUAUAAUGCUUAUUGCGAGUUUGAGCUCAGAUUCAACCUUUUUCACCAUUCAAUCUUCGUACAAUACAUUAACAUCGAUGAAAGAGUUCACUGGUCAAAAACGAGCAUUGGGAAGUGCAGCAUUAACAUCUCGUUCAAUGCCUACUGAAAACUUUAAAUUAUUUGUUCAAAAUCAAGCAAAAAUCUCUCAUUUUCAACAUAUCUUGCAAGUGAAAGACGUUUCUUCGAUUUGGGAUACUUUUACUAGGACUGUGUUACGCUCUCAAGCGUACUUAAUUUGUUUAGAAAUUGAGGAUUAUCUUGUUGCCAAUGCUUUCAGCCGAAAUCUUACAAAAUAUGCUGGGAGUAUUUGGUUUGGAAACAUGACCCAGCAUAUUAACAAUAUGAGACUUGUGGAACUUUAUAUCUCAUCAAUAUCCCAACAAUAUUCAUCUCAACUCUUUCAUCAUUCUGUUGGUGUCAUGAUGGCAUAUAUAAUAAGCUCUGUCAUUGCAAUUUGUUUUUCAGUUUUCACGUCAAUCAUAUUUGCGAGAUCCAUUGCUUCACCCUACCAAAAAAUCGUUGAGCUUCAACAUCUUCAAGACUUGUACAAGAGUUUCAUUCCUCCUCAUGUGCUGCUUCAAAUCGAGGGCAGGGAAGGACAACCUGAAGAGGUACGACCAUUUGUUUUUGACUCAAUAGCGAAAGAAUCUGUUCGAAAUUCAAAACAAAGUCGAAAAUCAAUGGACUCCCUAAGGGGUUCUCACAUGUUCAUGACGAGUAGAAGCAAAAGCAAACACGACCUUGCGUCCAAGUUUUCCUUGUAUUUGGAGAAAAAGAUAAUAUCAAUGGUUCAAGUACGAAUACAAGGAUUGAGUCUGAUUAUGAAUGAGUCGCUACCAAGUGACAUUGUUCUAUUGUUGCAAGAUAUCUUUGAGAAGAUUCAACAGUCGACUCGAUCGACAAGUAGUUUGAUGGAACACACUCAAGACGAAUGUAUCACAGUGGCCUUUAACGCCUCCAAAGAUCAACCCAAUCACGAAGAUCGUUCUCUCAAAUUGUGUGUGGAUUUAAAAAAGAAGCUAGAUGAAGUGAAGAAUACAAAAUGGAAAACGAAUCCGCAACAAUCCCCCUGUUUCGCUAAAGCAGCAUCUGGCAUUGUUUUCAGAUUUGCCGUUCUUUGUAAAUCAUGUUUCUGUGGAAAUGUUGGAACUUUAGAAGUAAGAUCUUUCAAGAUCAUGGGAUCCAUUCAUGAUCAUCUCGAAAGGAUGACUGAAUUUUGUUGCAGACAGCAAGUGAAUGUCGUUUGUGAUCAUAGUGUCUAUAAGAAUGCAUCGAGGCUAUUUCAUACAAGAUUCAUUGGAUAUGUGGACGUUCUUGAAGAGGAUCAAUCAGUUGCUCAUGAACUCUAUGAAAUUGGUGCCUCUUUGCAAGUGAAUCAAGAUGAGUGGUUUUAUGAGCUUGAUCAUAAACAAAGGAAUGAACGAUGGAAGGAGUAUAACGAGGCCGUGAGAGAUUAUUUUUCGAACAACUUUGAAUUAGCUUUGACAGAAUUUCAAGAAUACUCAAACAAAUAUCCGGAUGAUCUUCCUACCAAGUACAUGAUGGAAUUGUGCAACCUAUGUUUGAAUAGGGAAGAACAAACAAACGACCCUGGUUAUUAA